UUGCGUCACGUGUUUCCGCCCAAGCUCGCUUGGACAGUGAGAUUGUCGAUACUGCAGUUGUUGUGGUGCAGUAAUGUCAAAGAUUUGUAUAACUAAACAUUCUGUUGUAAUGUUAUCCCUUUGGUGACUACUGCGAAUGGCUGUGUGUGCCAGGCUCUGUGGAGUGGGUCAGUCUCGGAGGUGCAGGCGGCGUCAGCGGCAUAAUCAACAGGAUCAGGGAAGCGACUCCGAUAUGGACGAGGAGGAAGGGGAGCGGAUUGUGGGUGAGAUACAAUCCGUCACCGGCGGCCCGGAAAACUCUGCUGCGGCAGGGCCGAGUGUGGCCCAUGAAGCCACUGCUGACAGUGCAAGCACCGUACCACCGAACCCGCAUUCCCUGUUGGAUCUGCCCCCAGAGAUUUUAGUGGAAGUAUUCUCAUCUCUCCCGGGCACGGAGUUACCAAACCUGGCCCUCGUCUGCAAGAAAUUCAGGCAAAUUCUCAACACGGAAACCAUCUGGAGAAGGCGAUGCACGGAGGAGUUUGGAAUGAGGGAGGACCUGCGCAAGAUGGAGGUGGUGGGUGUGUCCAGUCGGGAGCUCUAUGCCAAACGUGUGAACCCUCGGGUGAAGUCUGGCCGCUUUAUGAAGCUCCUACCGGACUACGAGCACAUGGACUACAGGGACGUGUACAGGCACUUGCUGCACCCAUACAGACACAUCCUGGGUCUUUGGCAGCCUGACAUAGGCCCGUACGGAGGGCUGCUCAACGUGGUGGUUGACGGGCUUUUCAUCAUUGGCUGGAUGUACCUGCCCCCCCACGACCCUCGGGUCGAGGAUCCCAUGAGGAGGCGGCCACUCUUCCGCAUCCACAUGUGGGAGAGCAACAAGGUGGCGGUAGAGUGCAUGUACGGACACAAGGGCCCUCACAAGGGGGACAUCCAAACUGGGAAGAAGGAUGAGUUCUCGACUAAGUGCAACCAGACAGAUCAUCACCGCAUGCCAGGGGGGAGGCAGGAGGAGUUCCGCACAUGGCUGGAGGAGGAGUGGGGGAGGACACUGGAGGACAUCUUCCAUGAGCAUAUGCAGGAGCUCAUUCUUAUGAAGUUCAUCUACACAAGCCAAUACGAUAAUUGCCUGACGUACCGGCGGAUCUACCUCCCCCCCCGGGUGCCCUCGGACCUGCUGCAGCCGGGCCUGUUUAAAGGCACCUAUGGCAGCCACGGCCUGGAGAUCGUCAUGCUCAGCUUUCAUGGGCCCUGCGCCAGGGCCACCAAGCUUACUGGGGACCCCAAUGUCCCAGCAGGCCAGCUAACGCUUGACGUGGACCUGAACCGGCCUGUGUGCCUGCCGGACCUGGUGCACCAGCGCAGCAUAGAAGAGCUGUCUCGCCUGGUGCUGGGGAUGCACGAGGAGGCGCAGCGGGAGGUGCAGAACCCGGACAUGGCCCCCCGAGGAGCUGCUUCAGAGGGGGCUGUGGCUGGUGGUGCUGCGGCAGCGGGGCUGGAGUCGGCUAUGGAAGCCCAGUCAGAGAGCCCCCAGCCUGGGCCCAGUAGCAGCAGCGCUUCCUCAGAGGCCCAGCCUUUCGUCCUGCCUCUGGGGGUCAUGACCCGCAAUGAGGUUUACCCCCGAACCUGCAAGAUGUGCUUUUACGGAACAGGCCUGAUUGCAGGCCACGGCUUCACAAGUCCGGAGCGCACACCGGGCCUGUUUGUCCUGUUCGACGAAGACCACUUCGGCUUCAUCUGGCUAGAGCUCAAGUCGUUCAGCCUUUACAGCCGCCUGACGGACCGGCUGGCCCACGCCUAUGCCCCCGACAUGGAGCGCUUUGAGGCCAUGCUGCGCAACAUGCAGUCCUGGACAUCCUGAUGGGCCAGACAGACACAGGCUUACCUAGACCCCGUACACACAUCCCGAGUGUUGACCGCACCUGGAAAACAGUUGGGAACCUAGUUGUAACCUAUAACUAAGGCCCGUUGUUUUUUCCUGAUCAGGUUAUGUGGUUAGGCAAAACUCUUGGUCUUAUACAUACAUGAGUGAUAAUUAUCUUUCCCCUAUAGAACCCCGAAAUGCUUACACACAGAAAAGCCCCGCAUUUACUACCCCUGUAGAAUCCCUCUCUACUGUACACAGCUUCACAAUCCCAAAUCACCUCCACACUGUCCCACACAUUUCUGGCCCUGGCCAGAAACAACCUUUUGCCCUACCCCCUAGGCACCUGAAGUAUCCUUGCUCCCUGUCCCAUGUUUCCCCUCUUCACCUCCACACGACAUCGGUAUCUCUGCUGCGGCAUGCCCAAAGGUCAUAUGAUAUGACAAAGGCUUCCUUAACAGCUGAUUGUUAUUAAUUUUUAAUCCAGAGAAGAGGAUUUUACUUUUCAUCCCACAAACCCCAGAACAAACGCUCUGUGCCUCUAGUUGUAAUGUAUACACCAUGUCUGUAUUGCCUAAUGCUACAGUGCCUUGCAAAGUAUUCACCCCCCUAUUUUGUUGCAUUACAACCUUUAAUUUAAAAUUAUUUUUAUUUUGAUGUCAUAAUUGACAUUCAGAAAAUGGUCCAAAUUGGUGAAGUGAAAUGAAAAGAAUAAGUUCAAGCAAAUUCACAAAAAGGGGAAAAGUGGUGCGUGCAUAUGUAUUCAUCCACUUUGCUAUGAAUCCCAUAAAUAAGAUCUGGUGCAACCAAUUACCUUCAGAAGUCACAUAAUUAGUUAAAUAAAGUCCACCUGUGUGCAAUCUAAGUGUCACAUGAUCUGUCACAUGAUCUCUGUAUAUAUACACCUGUUUUGAAAGGCCCCAGAGUCUGCAACACCACUAAGCAAGGGGCACCACCAAGACCAAGGAGCUGUCCAAGCAGGUCAGGGACAAAGUUGUGGAGAAGUACAGAUCAGGGUUGGGUUAUAAAAAAAUAUCUGAAACUUUGAACAUUCCACGGAGCACCAUCUCGCCAACAGCCAAUGAAAUUGCAGGGCGUCAAAUACAAAUCAACAGAAAUCUCAUGAAUCAAAUGUCUCAAACAUAUAAGUAUUAGGCACCAUUUUAAAGAUAUAAUUCUCGUUAAUCCAGCCAUAGUGUCUGAUUUCAAAAAUGUUUUACAGCGAAAGCUCCACAAACGAUUGUUAGGUCACCACCAACUCACAGAAAAACCCAGCCAUUUUUCCAGCCAAAGAGAGGAGUCACAAAAAGCACAAAUGGAGAUAAAAAUUAAUCACUAACCUUUGAUGAUCUUCAUCAGAUGACACAAUACAUGUAUGUUUUGUUUAGUAAAGUUCAUAUUUAUAUCCAAAAAUAUUACUUUACAUUGGCAUGUUACAUUCAGUAGUUCCAAAACAUGCAGUGAUUUUGCAGAGAGCAAGAAAUACUCACAUGAGAAGCCUGAAACAACGUUCUAAAGAUGGUUGACAUCUAGUGGAAGCCCUGGGAAGUGCAAAAUAACCCAUAUCCCACUGUGUAUUCGAUAGGGGUGAGUUCAAAAAACGACAACUCAGAUUUCCCACUUCCUGUUUGGAUUUCUCAGGUUUUUGCCUACCAUAUGAGUUCUGUUAUACUCACAGACAUCAUUCAAACAGUUUUAGAAACUUCAGAGUGUUUUCUAUCCAAUACGAAUAAUAAUAUGCAUAUAUUAGCAUCUGGGACUGAGUAGGAGGCAGUUCACUCUGGGCACGCUAUUCAUCCAAAAGUGAAAAUGCUGCCCCCUAUCCCAAACAAGUUUUAAAUCCAUUAUUAAAAAAAGAAAGAAUAUGGCAACUUAACAAACCUGACAAGAGAGCGGCACACCAAAACUCAUGGACCAAGCAAGGAGGGCAUUAAUCAGAGAGGCAACUAAGAGACCAAAGAUAACCCAGAAGGAGCUGCAACGCUCCACAGGGAGAUUGGAUUAUCUGUCCAUAGGACCACUUUAAGCCAUACACUCCAUAGAGCUGGGCUUUAUGGAAGAGUUGCCAUAAAAAAGCCAUUGCUUAAAGAAAAAAAUAACCAACACGUUUGGUGUUCGCAAAAAGGCAUGUGGGAGACUCCCUAAACAUAUGGAAGAAGGUACUCUGGUCAGAUGACACUCAAAUGUAGCUUUUUGGCCAUCAAGGAAAACGCUAUGUCUGGCACAAACCCAACACCUUUCAUCACCCCGAGAACACCAUCCCCACAGUGAAGCAUGGUGGUGGCAGCAUCAUGCUGUGGGGAUGUUUUUCAUUGGCAGGGACUGAGAAACUGCUCAGAAUUGAAGGAAUGAUGGAUGGUGCUAAAUACAGGGAAAUUGUUGAGGGAAACCUGUUUCAGUCUUCUAGAGAUUUGAGACCGGGACUGAGGUUCACCUUCCAGCAGGACAAUGACCCCAAGCGUACUGCUAAAGCAACACUGGAGUGGUUUAAGGGAAAAUAUUUAAAUGUCUUGGAAUGGCCUAGUCCCAGACCUCAAUCCAAUUGUGAAUAUGUGGUGUGACUUAAAGAUUGCUGUACACCAGUAGAACCCAUCCGAGUUGAAGGAGCUGGAGCAGUUUUCCUUGAAGAAUGGGCAAAAAUCCCAGUGGCGAGAUGUGCCAAGUUUAUAGAGACAUACCCCAAGAGACUUGCAGCUGUAAUUGCUGCAAAAGGUGGCUCUACAAAGUAUUGACUUUGGGGGGGAUGAAUAGUUAUGCACGCUCAAGUUCUGUUUGUCUUAUUUGUUUCACAAUAAAAACACAUUUUGCAUCUUCAAAGUGGUAGGCAUGUUGUGUAAAUCAAAUUAUAUAAACCCCCCCCCAAAAAUUUUAAAUCCAGGUUUUAAGGCAACAAAAUAGGAAAAAUGCCAAGGGUGGGUAAAUACUUUUGCAAGUCAUUGUAUGAGAAGUGAGUGGAAUUUCUACUAAAAACUUAUUCUUUAAUGAUUUUGUUUGGAUGCAUGCUGUAUUUUCAGUUCAAUGCCACCUGUUUCCAAUACUCUUAUUCACAAUCUGAGACACUUUUGGUUUGCUAUAUAUUAGUGUGUACAUUGCUCUUAGUUUGGUUCACAGGUGGCAUUAUGGUGUUAGAAAAGAUCUCUGAUGCUUUUACUCUUUUCGUCACAUGGUCAAGUAAAAUAUAAUGUAUUUUAAUAUUACAAUAUUAUGCAAUUGGGCAUUUGCAUAUCAGAAAUUGCUACUUUUUAUUUUCAAAAUACUUCUGAUGGAUAGUAUGUAGUAAAAUGCAAAUAUUUAAUGACUGGAUGUUUCAACAUAUUAGUAUUUUCUACAUGUUGGCAAAAAGCUUACGCUGUACUGUAGCUGUAUCAGCCAUUUGUAUUUAGACUGAUAGCAUAUUGCCCUAUUGGAUGCUUUUAACAGGAUGUUAUAAAGGUAUUGCAACACCCGUUAGGAUAAUGGCUGUUUGUACACAACACAAAAUGCUAUUCAAGGUUCUCAUCUUUAUUCCCAUUUGGACCCCAGGAAGAGUAGCUGCUGCUGCCUUAGUAGCAGCGAAUGGCGACCCUACUGAAUACUAAAUCAUACCGUACAUUUACAUUGCGAGAAAGUGUAUGACUGUUCUUGGCAGUACAGUGGAUGGUUUUGUCCCAACUCUUCUAUGGAUUCCUUUCCUUGAUCCCUUUCCUUCAUGACCGGGACCGGAAGGAUUUUCCACCAUGUGGCUUUCCCCCCCCAUCUUCUCCUGACGACAGGUCAGUGAUCAUGGAGGGCAGGACAUAAGGAAAGGAAGCUAAGUUGAUAGUAUUGAGACAGUCACUAACUCCGAGGCUCCAUUCAAAGCAGUUAUUUUGUAUCAGACUACAGCUUUACUAACAUUUGGGAAAAAGUAAGCUCUAGCGAGAGUAAAGAAGUAAUAUAUAUUAAUGAAUGGAACCUAUUUUAAUAAGCUUAUUUUAAAUAUUUUUUGGGACAGCUGUAGAAAUAUUUGCAUCAUUACUUGGUUGAUUUGAGUUUUGUAAGUAGCGCUUCUGUGGUCAGCUGUUUAAAUGAAGCACCUUUGUAAAUUGAGUCUUGCGCUUUGUAAAUCGUCAAUCCCAGAGGCACAACCCUGCUUGAAACUGUUAGACCUGUUGAACUGCUCACUCUGACUUCAGUUCUGCAGUUUAAGUGUCCUUUCCCUUAACAAUAAUAAAAAGAAUAACUCA